AGCGGGGGGGGCGGCUGGCGGAGCGGGGCCGCCAUGUCGACAUCGCUGGGCUCCAACACCUACAACCGGCAGAACUGGGAGGACGCGGACUUCCCUAUUCUGUGCCAGACAUGUCUUGGAGAAAACCCCUAUAUUCGAAUGACCAAAGAAAAAUAUGGAAAAGAAUGCAAGAUCUGUGCCAGGCCUUUCACUGUGUUCCGCUGGUGCCCUGGGGUCCGGAUGCGCUUCAAGAAGACAGAGGUGUGCCAGACCUGCAGCAAGCUGAAGAACGUCUGUCAGACCUGCCUGCUGGACCUGGAGUAUGGUUUGCCUAUUCAAGUCCGGGAUGCAGGACUCUCCCUAAAGGAUGAAAUGCCCAAGUCUGAUGUCAACAAGGAAUACUACACCCAGAACAUGGAGCGGGAGAUAUCCAAUUCUGAUGGCACCAGGCCAGUUGGUGCACUGGGAAAAGCUACUUCCACCAGUGACAUGCUUCUGAAGCUGGCUCGGACCACCCCGUACUACAAACGGAACCGUCCUCACAUCUGCUCCUUCUGGGUCAAAGGAGAAUGCAAGAGGGGAGAAGAGUGUCCCUACAGACACGAGAAACCGACAGAUCCAGAUGAUCCUCUGGCUGAUCAGAACAUCAAAGAUCGUUACUAUGGAAUUAAUGAUCCUGUGGCUGAUAAACUUCUGAAACGAGCAUCAACCAUGCCUCGUUUGGACCCCCCGGAUGACAAGACUAUUACAACACUCUAUGUUGGAGGGCUUGGAGAUACUAUCACUGAAUCAGAUCUCAGGAAUCACUUCUACCAGUUUGGGGAGAUCCGGACGAUCACGGUGGUGCAGAGGCAGCAAUGUGCCUUCAUCCAGUUUGCCACCCGGCAGGCGGCAGAAGUGGCUGCUGAGAAAUCCUUCAACAAGCUCAUUGUCAACGGCCGCCGCCUCAACGUCAAGUGGGGAAGGUCCCAGGCAGCAAGAGGAAAAGAAAAGGACAAGGAAGGUACUACGGAAUCCGGGAUAAAGCUGGAGCCAGUUCCAGGACUUCCUGGAGCUCUCCCACCUCCUCCAGCUGCAGAAGAGGAGGCUUCUGCAAAUUACUUCAACCUGUCUCCCAGUGGCCCUCCAGCUGUGGUAAACAUUGCCUUGCCACCUCCUCCUGGCAUUGCUCCACCACCACCUCCAGGUUUUGGACCACACAUGUUCCACACCAUGGGGCCCCCUCCUCCCUUCAUGCGAGCCCCUGGCCCCAUUCACUACCCAUCCCAGGAUCCCCAGAGGAUGGGUGCCCACGCAGGGAAGCACAGCAGCCCCUAGCAGGCCGUGCCACCCUCAUCCUUGAAGUAAAUGCUAUUUUCUAGUUACCAUGGUAGCUCCAUAUGUUGAGGUGUGGGUGAGCUAGAGCAGCCUUAUUUCCCUGCUUGCAGACACUGGGUGAGCUGAGUUCCGUGUCUCCACUAGCUGAUCAGAUCAUUGAUACAUCCCAGAUCUUUCAUUUAGUGUUUGGGGGGGGGGAGGGGGUGGGGGGCAGGGGAUCUGGUGUACCAGAACUACAGUGCUAUUUGUGUAUCCCCUUUGCACAGUUUUGAAAUAAACUUCUGGAAAAACGAAAACAAACCCUUGAUAUCCUCAGUCAGAACAGUAUGGACUAUUGACAUGUAAUCAGAGACACUUCUCUAUGUUAGGUAACUAAUGACUUAUUACUGUAAUGAGGUGUUAAACCAGGACUGUGAAAGAGCAGAACAAGCCUCUCAGAUGUGCCAAAGCCAUGGCUUUGUUAUUAUGUUGCCACAGAAUUUUCCUCCCUCCUUUUUCCUGACCUCUUGGUUAAAAAACAAAACAAAACAAAAACAACACAAAAAACCCACCUACCAGAAAAAAACCUAAAACCUUUUUAGAUGCCUCACUUCUAAUCCUGCACAUCCUGAGCAUGGAAAGUGUUAUGUCAUGUAAGGAGCAACAUCCAUGGCCAGGCUGGCAGGUGCCUGUUUCAGGCCACUGAAGCCCCGCCUUGGUGGCCCCUGGGCUUGUGUUGCUACCAGCUGCAGGGGGAGGACAUGGUGCAGCUGGGAGCUUGUCCUCGGUAUAUGGAGCAUGAUUGGGGCUUUUGAGGCCUAUGGAUACAGUCUCCCAUUCAACUGUGAGCUGGAUCCCACUUCAUCCUGUUUUGAUAAGACAUUGAAGUUUUCUUUCUGUGCUCCAACUAGAGUGUCUGUGCAGGAGCAGCUGUCCCCUGAGUGGAGCCUGCUGUGGGGUAAGAUGUGUGUGCACGUGGCUGGAGGAUUUUAAGUUUAUCUGUAUGUCAGUUGCUUUCACAUAAUGGAUCUGUGGACAUCUCCUGUAAAGGAAAACACAAUGGGACCUGUUCUGAAGCCUUGUUUGCUUGUUUAAAAAAAAUACAUUAAAAUAUUUGAAUUUUUCCACA